AUGCGUUUUCAGAUGCAGCCGUCCUUCACAAAGCUGUCAAGUGGCAUCUACUCGGACCCAGACACGUGCUACUACGACUACCGGAGGUCGCGAUGCUAUUCCCGUUUCUCCAUCUGCACUCGGAUUCUCGUGAGGACCUCAGACGGUUCUACAUCCAGCUGCACACUGCGUGCAAUCAGGCGACUGCCAGCCACCCCACAGCUGCUCCAACGCAUCCCACCACAUCUCCACCACGUCCUACGCAAGGCACAGUUCGCGCGGACCAACGACGAGGAGCGCUUCUCGGCUUGUCUACGCUUCAGUCAACAGGGCUUCCACUAG